UGCGCACGCGGGAUUCCUCUGGCGACGGGGAGAAAAUGGAGCCGUUAGGGACGCAGCGCGACUACGUUCCCCAGCGGUCUCCGGGCGGCUGCGCAUGCGCGAGGCAGGGCUGGCUGGAAGGCGGGAGGGGAGGAAAAGAGAAGGACGGAGGGUGGCCGGCCGGGCGAGGUUGCUGCGGCUCCUUUAUCCCGCGCAGUGGCGAGGGAAGGGUCACCGGGGAACGCCGCCGGGGGCCGCGUUGUAGAGGAGGCCGGCGGCGGAACGCCCCCGCCCCGCAUGGUUGCCGGCGGAAAGGGCUCACUACCGGCGAGGAGGAGCAGAAGGGGCGCCCGGGUACAGCCCUGUGCUGCCCGCGUUCUCCCCGCCACAGUGACCGGGCAGUCGUGCCGAUGAACCCCGCUGUCGGUCAACGUUUCCUUUGUGUCCUGGAGUCGCUGCCAUGUCCCGGUGCCUGCAGGCACCCGGCUCUGCCAGGAUCGGGGAGCGAGGAGCGGGGAAGGCGGGGCUGGAAAGACCUACCCCCGCUCUGCUGAAGCAAAACAACGUGCGCUUUCUGCCUCUUGUAUUUUUUUUAGGAGACGUCACUGGCAAUCCCCUAAUUUAGGGGAGACUGAGUCAUCACUUCUGAGCGCCCAGACUCGCUGGUGCAGUCGCUGCUCAGUGAGGCCCUGACGCUGUGCUCGCUGCAGGAGCGGCGGCCUGGCUGGGCACCUCAGCGUCUCAGCCCCUGUUAAAUGGUUUUGCUGCUGCCAUCAGCUUGGUGUGUGAACGCCCAGAACUGGGGUUUUCAGGGAAGAACAGGCAGCUGUUUAGCAAUACUUCCAAUAUCCUCCCUCCCACCCUCCAGUGGGAGACAUGCACCCAUAGCUUUUGAGGAGUGGAGACAACACCACAGACCAAACUUUUUGAACUGAUACCGACCCGCUGUUUUGGGCAGAUGUCAGAGGGCACUUCCUUGUUUUCUGCAGAUCCCUCUCCUAUGUUAGAUUUGAUAUAAUUCGAAGGAUAAUGACAAGGUUUUUUGGAAUUGACGUUAUCAUGGUGAUGGGGAUCACAGACAUAGAUGACAAGAUAAUAAAAAGAGCCAAUGAGAUGAAUAUAUCACCAGUAGCUCUUGCUCGUAUUUAUGAAGAAGACUUUAAACAAGAUAUGGCUGCCUUAAAGGUCCUUCCUCCUACAGUGUAUAUGAGGGUGACUGACAAUAUUCCUCAAAUAAUUUCCUUUAUAGAAACAAUAAUUUCCAGUGGACAAGCUUAUGCAACCUCACAAGGCAAUGUUUAUUUUGAUGUUAAAUCCUGGGGAAGAAGAUAUGGAGUAUUAACUGCUAUUAACCCUGAUACCCAAGAUGAAGCAGUUGAUUCUGAUAAACGACAUGGUAAAGAUUUUGCCCUGUGGAAGGCUGCCAAGCCUCAAGAGCUAUCGUGGAAUUCUCCCUGGGGAAAAGGACGACCUGGAUGGCACAUUGAAUGUUCCACAAUUUCAAGUGCAGUGUUUGGAAAGCAGCUGGACAUCCAUACCGGUGGAAUAGAUCUUGCAUUUCCUCAUCAUGAAAAUGAAAUUGCACAAUGUGAGGUGUAUCAUCAGUGUGAGCAAUGGGGGAAUUACUUUCUGCAUUCUGGGCAUUUGCAUGUUAAAGGAAGUCAAGAAAAAAUGUCAAAGUCAUUAAAAAACUACAUAACGAUUAAGGAUUUCCUGAAGAAAUGUUCGUCAGAUCAAUUCAGAAUGUUUUGUUUGCGUGGCAGAUACAGCUCAGGGUGCAUGCAAGGCGAGAGGAGCCUGCUGAACUCCUGCCCGCAGGAGUGGACUCUGGAAGCUCCCAAAGUGGAAUUGCCUUCCAAAGCAGUAGAAUUUAGUGAGGAGAGCAUGGAAGAUGCAAAGAACCUUCUUCAGGCAAUCUCCUCAUUUAUUAGAGAUGCAAAUUCUUAUAUAAAAGGACAGCUGGUGUGUGACCCUGUUAGAGAAGGCAUACUGUGGGAAAGGCUAGCCAACACAAAAGUAACCGUGAAGGCUGCGUUUGCAGAUGACUUUGACACCUCCAGGGCUGUUGCAGCAAUUAUGGACCUCAUUCACCAUGGCAACAGACAGCUUAAGGCUGUUACUAAGGAUGCUGGAUCUCCUAGAAGCUCUGUUGUGUAUGGAAGCAUUACUUCCUAUAUUGAAGGCUUUUUCAAUGCCCUUGGGAUGUCCUUUGGGGAAAGACAGGUGGCUCUGGGAGGAGACAAGUCUGCAGUGCUCUCCAGUGUCAUUGAAGAGCUGGUGAGGUUCCGCUCGAAGGUCCGGCAUUACGCGCUGGCUCUGCCGGAAACAGCUGACGCUGCGCCAGUGGAGGGUGCGGCGGGAGCCGAGGAACCCAAACAGGAGCAGAAGGAAAAGAGGAAGCAGUUAAUGCAGGAGAGAAAGCCCCUCUUGGAGGCUUGUGACAGUCUGCGUGGAGACCUUGCUGCCUUUGGAAUCCACAUAAAGGACAGAGCUGCUGUUUCAACCUGGGAAAUUGUGGAAGGAGGGCAGACAGAGAAGCACACUGAGAAAAAAAGCUGAUCCUUCAUCCUUGGACUUGUUUUUUAUUUCAGCUACUUCAGCAACUGUUGUAAAUACUAAUUCUUUCAAAAUAAAAUCUGUUGAACAGAAUGGCUAAAAAUGAUAGCAUGUAAUUUGAGCAAAACUGUUGGCACUAGUACUUGGUAAAUAAAUACAGGCCUUGCAGCACAGGUGGUGGAAGCAUCCAGAAUGCAAGGCAGUACAGGAGCAGCUGCACUGAUUUAACACCAUGAGGCAUAGGUCUGUUCUACUGCAGGAACUGCCCCAGCCCAAAAGCUCUGUCAUCUGCCCUCAUCCCGUGUUGCUGACCUGACACAGAGUUUAAACAUAGUGAAGGCAGAGGCAAGAACUUAGGCCUGUCUUUGAGGUGAAAACACUGUUUUAUGUCUGUUGGGCUGACAAUUCUGUUCCUCUCAGACAUAGGAAUGGCGGAUACUUUCAACCUUGAAGUAUUUCCUUAUUGCAGUGGUGCUGCUUUGAUCCUGUGAAACCUUUACAUGUAAUAUGAUGGUAUCCAGUUACCUGUGAGGCUUGUUAUCUUUUGUUUGCUUUUGCACAGAAUACAAGGAGAUUUCUCUAGCACUGGGAGUGUAGCACACUCAGGAUCUCUCCAGAACUGGGAAGAU